UCGAGCCUGGCUGAAAUCCUUCUGUUGGUCUGUCCCACAUACGUCAGGCUGCACGAUCCGCAUGCUACACUGUAUACUCCUUGGUUUUCCAGAGUAAUUUUUUGUUUUGGGUUUCUUAGUAUUGCUCCGAUGGUAUGGACAGGUUUGUAUGCCGUUGAUAUGUCGUGUUUCCGUAAUAUUCGGCCGAUUUUGUCAGUAACCCCCUUGAUGUAUGGCAGGACAGCGAUCGAUCUUCGUUGGGUCUCGUCCUGCACACUCUGCUGCGGGUGUUGUUGUUUACUGAUUGCCUUGCUGAUGGUGCGCCUUUGGUAUCCGUUUUGUCGAAGACAGGUACUAAUUUUCUUCAGUUCUUUGUCUCUGUUCCUCUCGUUUGUGAGCCUGAAGGACCGAGCAAUUAAUGUAUUUGCCACUGCCUGUAUCUGUGAUGGGUGGUGAUGAGAUUUAGCGUUCAGAUGUCUAUUAGUGUGCUGGAAAAACAUCUGGCCAGUGCACUUCAGCCUAUAGUGGAAAAGGCAGAUUCCUAUGUUAAAAACUCAGAACAUUUCACUCAGAUUUUAGGUUCUCUCAGGAUGGACAAUCAAUCAAUACGUGAGAAUAUCAUACACCUUUACGGGAAGGAGACCUUUACAGCCACCAAGUGUUAUGAAAAACUAAGACAAAGGAGGGUUAUUUCGCUGUGCAACUUGAAUUUUCUUAAAAGCUGCCGCAACCAGACCUUGCUGCCAACAUUUACAAGGUUGUCUUAUCACACACGCACCAGAAAGACACAAGCUAUCCUGGACAAAGCUAGCAAGGCCCUACUCCAAGACCAGAUCAGGCGGACCCGGUACGAAAUUAGUGAGACUGAGCUACAACUUUUCAGACUCCACCUGAAACUGAGCAACAAGAUCCAUCAGUUGCUGUGGGACCGCAUAGAAUUACUAACAUCAUGGCGCACUGAGAAAGACAAGGACAUCACGUCAAAAAAACUGUGGAAGAAAUUAGAAAUCCUUCAGAUCAAUUCCAAAAAAUCAGGACAAGUGUCAAAUACAAACCGAAGCAGUACAGUUCAUAAUAUUUCAGCAUACCAUCUUUCCGAUACAGAAGUCAGCGUUCUGAAUAAGGGAUUUAACUAUGCAAUAGCUCCAAAAAGGGUACCCGUCGAAGAGAUCGUUUCCAACGUCGAAGCAAGUCUUUCCACCAUAGACGAACAAGAUGCGGAGUUAAUUAGGCAAGAUGUCGCCAGAGUCUUAAGACAGUCAAAACCACCGCAACCAAACUUAAGCAGAGAAGAAAUGCAAGCCUUAAGGAAUCUAAACAACAACGAAAACAUUCUAAUAAUGCCAGCAGACAAAGGAAAUGCCACUGUCGUCAUGAAUACGUCGGAUUAUAAUGCAAAAUUGGAGGAUAUUUUGAACGACCCAAUAUACAAACUAGUCACCAGAGAUCCCACGACAUAUUUGGAAAAAACAACUAAGUCCAAAAUUCUCGAUUCAUCAAUAAAUGAGGAUACAAAGAAGAAACUUAUUCCGAGGGAAAAAUCGAGUCGUUGCCCAAAAUUCUACGGGCUCCCAAAGAUCCAUAAGGACGGGGUUCCCCUGCGUCCAAUCGUAAGCGCCUUUAACUCACCAUUAUGCAAGCUGGAAAAACAUCUGGCCAGUGCACUUCAGCCUAUAGUGGAAAAGGCAGAUUCCUAUGUUAAAAACUCAGAACAUUUCACUCAGAUUUUAGGUUCUCUCAGGAUGGACAAGGACGACAUUAUGGCAAGUUUCUAUGUCAAAUCCCUCUACCCGAGUAUUCCAGUAGAAGAGGCACUCUUGCUUAUAGAAGAAAACGAAGAUCUUCCGCCAUAUAUAAUGGAUCUGUCAAGACAUUGCCUGAAAAACUUUACUUUAUGUACAACGGGAAAAUUUACCGACAAAUAGAUGGAGCAGCAAUGGGAUCAUCUCUCUCACCUGUGAUUGCCAACCUCUUCAUGAUUUACUUCGAAAAGAAAGCAAUAGAGAAGGCAAAUCUGAAGCCAAAACUAUCUACAAGAUACGUUGAUGAUGUAUUUGUUGUAUGGCCUUUUGGCAAGGAGGAGCUUUUGAAAUUCCUAGAUUAUCUGAAUUCCAUUCACCCAAGGAUUCAAUUUACAAUAGAACUUGAAGAGGAUAACAGUCUGCCCUUUCUAGAUGUGCACAUCAGAAGGACCGAAGAUGGACACUUGGAACACACUGUCUAUAGAAAACCAACACACACUAAUAGAUAUCUGAACGCUAAAUCUCAUCACCACCCAUCACAGAUACAGGCAGUGGCAAAUACAUUAAUUGCUCGGUCCUUCAGGCUCACAAACGAGAGGAACAGAGAUAAAGAACUGAAGAAAAUUAGUACCUGUCUUCGACAAAACGGAUACCAAAGGCGCACCAUCAGCAAGGCAAUCAGUAAACAACAACACCCGCAGCAGAGUGUGCAGGACGAGACCCAACGAAGAUCGAUCGCUGUCCUGCCAUACAUCAAGGGGGUUACUGACAAAAUCGGCCGAAUAUUACGGAAACACGACAUAUCAACGGCAUACAAACCUGUCCAUACCAUCGGAGCAAUACUAAGAAACCCAAAACAAAAAAUUACUCUGGAAAACCAAGGAGUCUACAGUGUAGCAUGCGGAUCGUGCAGCCUGACGUAUGUGGGACAGACCAACAGAAGGAUUUCAGCCAGGCUCGAGGAACAUCGUUUAGCCAUAAGAAACAAACAAACAACAUCUGCUUUGUUUCAGCACCAACAUCAGACAGGCCAUAAAAUUGAUUUCGGCAUUUGCAAACAAAUACCUAAUAUUCCUGAUUUUAGGACUAGGAUUAUACGAGAGGCCAUCGAAAUAGAAAAGUCCGGACACCUCAAUACGAGAGACGACGCUCUGCAUUUAUCCAACACGUGGAGAACGAUAAUCAAACAGCAGAGCGAUGCGCAGCAGCCAACGGGGACAUCGCAACUACGAUCGGGCGAAAUUAACAACGCGACAAUUCAGGGGGCGGAGCCACCUCCCCCCACGCACAAGCAGCACCGUUACCAUCUCCGGCGCAGAGUAUAAAUACCGCAUGCACCGCCGAGAACCCCCCAGUGUUCGAAGUGUUUUCGGAGCGCGAGCAUUGAAGAUGCCAAGUGAGAUUUUGGCGGAACGUCUGCAGGAUUCCAGUCGGAGUUCAACGAGCGAACGGAUGAUAUCCCGGAAUAUAGUGUCAUCACAUUUUUCCAUCCGUGAAUCAAUACGUCAAACCAUAGAAAGUAAUCCAUCCGAGGCUGUUGGUAGUUCUAGCCGGCUACCACUACCACACAAAAAAGGAUCUUAGUGCCAUGGACUGCAGAACAAAAAAAGAAAGUCAUUCAUUUCUUUUCCAAACAUAUAAAGAAAUGUCAACUUCUCGAAUAGUUUGAAUGUUUAGCACUGAAAGAAAAAUAUCCAGGACUGUUCGACAAUAAAGACUGGCCAAAAAUCAAAGCCUUCGUUCAAAAUGAAUAUAUAAAGAAAAGGAGUUUAAAGUAAAACUGCAACCUUUUUGUUUUCACAUGCUUUUAUAGAUGGAUAGAUCACUAACAAAAGAAGUGUAAAUUUUAUUUUGUUUUGUCUCUAGUUUUAGUUUUUUUUUAAUAAAUAAUAUUUUUGUGGAGCAGUACUGGUUUUAAUAGUUAAUGUGUGUGUGUGUGUGUUAUGUGUGAAAUCAUAAGAAUAAAUAUAAUAACCAGAAUAGAUCAAGAGCUAAUGACAGAAAAAAUGGAAUAUUUUUUUCUAUUCUAUACACAUAUACCUUCAAGAUAUAGAAAAAUGUAAUUAAAAAUCUUUAUGUGUACACCAAAAUUUUUCUUCGAGUGAUAAAUUUUCGGACAUCCUCUGAAUUCCACUUGAUUCCCACGGAAUGCCACAUAAUUCCUUUAUAAUUCUUUUUCUUUAAGCAUUCACAUUAAAAUAAUAAGGAACAAAGAUAUGGUACAUGGUACAUAAAUUAAAAAAAUCAAUUAGUACAAUUACAAUAUAGUGCAUAAAUUGUUGAAUUUGCCAUCUAAGGUGGUCCGUAAUUAAUGCGCAAAAAGCAAUCAAAAGCGGUAUU